CGGGUGAUGUACCUGCCGUACGUUGGCGCUUCGCAAAGCAGAAGAUUAAAUAGAACCGUAAUUAAGCACGGGUGUAUGUUGGUGCUCAAUUUCGAGGGUAAAUCUGUGACAAAACAUGACGGAAACGCCCGAUAAGCGAAAACUCACUGAAUUACGUGUAGUGGAUUUAAAGCAGGAACUGGAAAAACGUGGCAAGGACGGCAAUGGGGUGAAAAAUGUGCUUCUCGAGCGGCUCACUCAGACGCUGCGUGAGGAAGGCCAUGAUCCGGAAACGAUGGAAUUCGAUAUUGUGGUUGGUAAAACAUCGGUAAAGAAGGGUAAAGCUAACACAGGCGGUAAGACAGAUGAAGAAUCAAGCAACACGGAUGCGGCAGUCAUCAACGAGCAAUAUGCCGACGCUACGGAAAUCAAUGCAGCCUCUGAAAUUAGCAAACAAUGCGAGGAGAAGAUAGUAAUUAAAAAUGAAAAGACAAUUGAUGUAGACCACGAACAGGACGCGAAAGUCGAAUCCGUGAAGCAGGAAGUUAGUGAAAGGAAAGAAUCGAACAAUGUAGAAGAAGCAACGCAAGAUAAUACCAACAUAAAGCAGGAGAAGGACGAUUUUGUAAAGCCAACAGAAUCAAUCCCGCAGGAAAAAUCGGUCCCAAAACAGGAGCAAAACAAAACCGUGGAUUUGAAGGAAGAUUCGAAGGAAGCGGACAACGAGGAUUCGUUGAAUCUUACGAUCGGCGAGGAGGAUGAGAAGUUGCUUCACGACAGCAACAUGGAAGUAGAUCAGAAGGAGGUCGAUACCCAAAAAAAGGAACAAUCGGUCGCAAAAGCUAAGGAUAGUGCUUCGGAAGAAUCUAAGAGAAAUGACGAAAAACGCGAGGGAAAGAUCGAGAAAAGCGUGGUUACAUCCAGCACCGAAAAAGACGGCGCAGCAGCAAAAACAACAGCAUCAACGGCGACUUCAACGCGAACCGGCGGAGAAAAGGCGACGACAGCUUCGCCCGCUAACACCACAUCCACUGCAAACACUGGCGCUGCCGGGGGCGAUGAAAAAACGAAGGGAAGCUCGGACGCUGGAAGUGGCACGGCCGCUAAUGUAGGUCGCAAUUUGUGGGUAUCGCGACUGUCCUCCCUUACCCGGGCAACCGAUCUGAAGCAGAUCUUUUCUAAGUAUGGUAAAGUGAUUGGUGCCAAGGUGGUCACUAACUCCCGCACUCCCGGAACACGCUGCUAUGGGUACGUUACGAUGGCAUCGGCAAAGGAUGCUACGGAAUGUAUUAACCAUCUGCACCGUACAGAACUACAUGGCCGGUUGAUUUCGGUGGAACGUGCGAAAUCUGAACUAGGUCCGGCACGCUCAUCAUCUACGGGAGCGGAUUCUUCAUCAGCGAAAGUGGCCACUUCCAACGGCAAUGCUUCUACGAAGAGUUCGUCCGGGGGCAAAAGCGAAUCGAAGCCAAAAUCUUCCACAUCAAACGAUAAGAAGAAAAAUGGCGAAGUUCCCAAAUCGACUGUGACUACCUCCGAUAAAGACAGAAAGCCACCACAAAAAGAUCGUGCAAAGCCACGGUCAACUCGACCUGCAACGGAAGGAAAACGGCCGUUAACUGCAGCUACGUCAAGGGCUGCUACAGGAGGUGAAAAGGGAUCAACAGCUGGCCGGAAAAGCACCGACGCAACGACAGCAACUGCUGGUAGGCGCAGUCGUGAUCGAAGCCGCACGUCCCGCGAUCGACGUUCGACCACGCAAGGGUCGUCGCAGGUACGAGAUCGAGAUCGUGAUCAGCAGCAGCGUAGUCGUGCCAAUAGCCGAGGUGUAGUCGGAGCAACAGCAACAGCCAAAGAACCUUCGCGAGAUUCUCGUGAAGUUCUGUCUUUGCAGAAGAUCCGCGAGGAACGGGAACGCCAUCGAUUGCGGGAACGAGAGCGACAAUUGCGCGAGGAGGAACGACGACGGCGGGAAAUACGGGCUCGGCAACGGGAGGAGGAAGAUCGUCUACAGCGCGAACGAGAAAAGCUGGCAGCUGAACGCGAGCGAAUCGAAAAGGAGAAAGCGGAACUGUUGCGGAUCGUUCGCGAACGGCAGAAGCUCGAGCGAGAGAAGAUAGAACUCGAGCAUCUGGAGCUGAAACAGCAGCAAAGGAAGAUCGAAGAGGCAAAGAGGUCGCUGAAGCGUCCCUCAACCGAUCGGUACGAUGAUGAUCGCAAACGGCCUGCACCAGAUCGUCGUGUUGAAGCGCCACCGCCGCCAAGAUUCGAUUCGACAAUAUCCUCUAGUUCAGGUAGACGCAACAACUAUGAUCGCAUUUCGACGUCGGACAAAAAGGUCCGUUUGGAUGAUUAUCCGUCGACGUCGUCGUCCUCAUCCAAGCGAGACGAUUUUAGAAGAGACAGUUUCAAACGCGGCGGUGGUGACGAUUAUAGGCGCGGUAGCGACGAUUACAAGCGCGGUGGAGAUGAUUACAAGCGCGGUGGUGGGGACGACUUUAAGCGCGAUUCCCGCGAUGACUACAAAUCGAGCGGUCGUUCCGGCGAUGACUAUGGCAAACGGGACAGUGGCUAUAGCAAGCGCGAUCUAGAUCGCCCCAUCUCCAGCUCUUAUGAUGGGCGCGGUGGUGGUGGUGGUGGUGGUAGUGGACUAUUGUCACAAUCAAUAGGCAAGGAAGGACGUUAUAGCGAGCGUUCUAAUGACUACCGUGGUGGCGGUGGUGGUGGCGCCAGCGGAGGCAGUGGAGGUGGCGGUCUGAAUGGAGGUAGUAGUGGUGCUGGCCGCGGUGGAGAAGAUCGCGAUCGCAACAAUUCCUCCAGUAGUCGAUAUGGAAAUGAUCGUACUAGUGGUGGUAAUGGCACUACUUCCGGUGGCAAUUGGCACAACAAUGCGGGUCUGUCGCAGAUUAGUGGAAUAUCGUCGCUGGGAAAUUGGGGCGACAAAACGAACGAUGGUGGCGGUAGCGGUGGUGGAGGCGGCUGGCGGAAUAUGGACAAUGGUCAGGACCGGUACGAUCGAACGUACAAUGAGCGCAAACCGAUGCAGAUAUCUUCGGGUGGAGGUGGUUUUAUUGAUCAGCCACGAACGAAUCAGUUUAUGGGCGGAAGUGGUGGUGGCAGGCCUCAAGAUCGAUACGGUCAAUCGAUGUCCAACCGUUUUGACAAUGCCCGGUACUAAACCUCCAAUUUAACCUUCAACUAGGUUAUAACGGUAGGGUUAAGUUUUUAAAUUUACAUUUAAUUUUCAUGAUUUUUGAAGAACAAUCACCGAUAUCGGUUUACUUCCUUCCGAAGUGGAAGGAACUUUCCUACAUAGGACACUUGCGCACUUGAAUCACGAAUAAAUCGUAUAAUAAUAUUAUUGUAGUUUUCCACCUCCACGAAUACCUCCGGUAUUCAGACAAACUUUUGGUAAGAGAAAUAAGGCGGACCAGUACCGUGCUAAGUGUACAGUCUAACGCAGUGUAGUCCUGGGACUUACUUUGCAACUUCUUUGUAAACCGUGACGCUAGUGAAACAGUUUAAAUCAAACAACUACGAUUAGACCGUUGCGCAUAAUAAGAAAUAUAGUUACGAUCAUAACCCGAAAGCUGGUUAUGCAAGCAGUAGCUGGAUACACAUAGUACGUGUGUAGUUAUUUUUUAAAUUUCCUGAAACAUUCAUAGAAAUCCAUCACAAACGCAACACAACAUAGAGUUCGAUAUCUGUUCCUACCAGUAAUAUGUUUUAUAAUAAGCACUCAGAAUAUAUAUCGCUAGAGCCGAAAUAAGGACAGCACAGGUUAAUGAAUACAGUAAAAAGCUAUCUAAUCUACUUUCUCUAUCUGUCUAUUGCACAUCGUAACAUACCGCCAAACCAACAAUUUUUCUAUAUGAAAUCGUAACUACAAUUUGUAGCCUACAUGAAUUGUAGGAAGAUCCAUUGAAGCGUAAUGCUGUGAACGAAAUGAACUUUAAAAUGGUUUGUUUGUUUUACAGGAUGUUUUUUAUUAUUUUGGAAUGCAAAAUAUAGUAGUACCCAAGUUAAACGACGCGACUAUUCGAGUUUCCUAGCAAUUCUUGAUUGAUGCCGCGGUUGGACAAUAUUGUUGGUAGAUACAUUGAGGAAACCGCGAAAUGAGAACAUAUACGCACUUCGAAAAUUCCAUCGUCGAAAUUUAUAGAUUAACUGCGAAAACAGUAAAAAGGUGUAGAAAUUGACACGUUCGUUUAUAAAAUGCUCCAUUCGUAUAGGGGUUUCUUAUUAGUAGAGAAAUAAAAUUAAAAAAAAAAACGUUGCCUUUCUGCUUCAAUAA